AUGGAUCUCCUAAGCCUUUCUCCAGAGCUUGUACAGGCUGUCCUGGUUCAAGCAAUCAUCUCUCGAGGCGUCCAGCGUGGUCUUCGGCUGAGACUGGUCAAUAGUGUGUUUAUUCCAAAGAUUGUGAUCUUGGCCUGUGAACUGAUCGAAGUAGAGAGAUUCGCGAAUGAAAUUAUGCGUGCGCUUUUCGCAUCUGGCUUGCUUGACACGUGGGCUAAUCCACAAAAUCGAUCUCGAGAGAGUUUUGGUGUCGCAAGACAAGUUUGGACUGAGUACAUGGAACAGCGCAUCUUGACCUUCCGUGUGCCUGCAUCGCUUGAACCACAAGAAAGUUUACUUCUGUUGCCCUUGAUGCAGAUAUACACUACCGCGACUAAACUCUCUUCCAUCGAUGGUCUAGGGCCAACCAAUAACUUCCGUGCCAAUGUAAAAGCUCUAUGCUUCUUAGCAACCUCGAUCGAAUGCUUCCGUCCUAGCUGGCUUACGACAUUAGACAGUCCUCAAGUCUGGGAUCAAAACAAUCUCCUCGCUGCAGCGGCUUAUUUGGGACACACUGAUCUCACGAGAGAUCUUUACCGAAGUGAUUUUGGGAAAGGCUUAAUUUUCAGCUUCCCAAUGUCAGCUGCCGCUCUAGGAGGCCAUAUAAGUGUUCUGGAUAUCUUUCUCUCGGGAGCGACAAAGUCUGGUGUUCUAAGUUCUUUCCAACUCACUGACGCUGCGCGGCUUGCUGCUGCAGAAGGCCAUCUGGCCGCAUUUGAUCUCUUGGUAGAUGAAAAGUGGGAAAAGUAUAUGCGGAACGAUCGCGAGUUUCUUCCCAGCCAGCGUUACAGAGACACACUCACCCUUGGACUGCGCAGUAAGAGCAUUGGUGUCGUAAAAAGUGCUUUACAGAAGCUCCAAAACAUGCCCCACGCAGAUCACAACAGAGAUUUGGAACUUAUUGUACUCGGCGCCUCCUGCCAAGGGUACCUAGAGGUCUUGCAGGAGUUUUUGGGUUCCGAUGAUAUCAUUUCUGAUCGGAUUCUCGCCGUUGGCUUAAGCUGUGCAUCUCUUGGAGGCAAAACAAAGGUGGUUGAGUAUCUACUUGCCAGAGGUGCAGAUCCGAAUCUUUCGAUGCCUCGUGGACAGCCUCUGCAGCUCGCGGUCAGUAAGGGUCAUCUCAGCAUCGCUCGAUUGUUAUUGAACAACGGCGCCAAUUUAAAUGAACCUGGUCCUCAUUCUAUUGUUCAACCUAUCAAGCUUGAAUAUCUGGCCCUGUUUCGACUGCUACGAAGUCAUGGGGCAGUCCUCAACACCCUCGAAAGCGGAUGUGCGGCGCUUGAGCUCGCCUAUAGCGAAGGACUUGAUUCCAUGCUAGAACUAUUAUUGCAAGAAGGAGAUGAACUGGAUGAGGCUGUGGAGGAUGCUGCGAUAGACUAUAGACUGGUUGCAGUUCGCAGUGGAGCAUAUUUCCGUCGACUGCUAGCCUGGUGUAGAAAAGGUGGAGGUUUCAAUACUGAGUUCAACCAUCAUGAAACCUGGGCAAGUUGGGUGUCACCUAAUGCUCCUUUUUGGACCCUUCGGAGCAAAGGGCUAAUGCGCUUUCCGUCUUGGGCUCCGCGACGACCGAGAUCCGAAUGUCCGUGUACUGUAAUAAAUCGUCGUGCUGAUGAACCUCGACAUCCAGCUCCUAGGCGCUCUUCCACAGCCAAACGUAGUUUAAAGAAUAUGGGCGUCCGUUGCUGGCCUAUCAUCGCUCUUAUCCAUGCCGACCUUGAGGCCUACCUGCAUGGUAUGGUUCUAUUGGCUAAGUACAAGGCUACGAAAGCUGCUUUGGCGAACCCGCCCGAUUUCAACCUACAAGGGUAUCAAGGGGCCUCAACACCUACCGACCAUGAACGACAUCUAGGUUAUAAUAACGACCUCAACGACCUCAUCCUCCCUUUCACCAGCCCAACCGAAUGGAACGAACAACAGAUAUGGUUUGGAUUAUCUGUUGACACUCUUUUCACUUACUAUAAUGGCGAGCCUUGCGUGGAACAUAGCGAAGUCUCGGUCGUUAGUGGUUCUGACGCCUUGCCAUCUUCUCCAACUUCACAUAGUCUUGGAAUUCCAAGCACAAUCUCGAGUCCCGAGUCCAAAGGUCUUUUCACCUCAGAUGCUUCGAAUCCUGUCGCUACGAGUAGCACAAACUUUUCAGAUGCAAUCCCUCCUUCGUCGAUUUCACCUCCAAAGCCAGAGGUUGAAGGUGGCGCGCACCCACUGCCAUCUCAAUCUGCUCCCGUGUUUUGGUGUCCGCAUUGCCCUGUCUCUCGCAGUACUCAAGCAUUACUCAACCGGCAUCUCAAUACUCACGUCAGGCCCUAUCCAUGCAAUUUCCCAGGUUGCAGUAGUGCCAUGGCCACACAGCGAGACCUCGACAGGCAUCAAGACAAGCAUGGAAGAGUGCGGCGGUACUUUUGCGGACUCGCCUCAUGUGACUACAGCGUCCAUGGUCCUCAAGGCGGGUUCUCGAGACGCCUGGACAAUGCGAAAAGACACGUUAAGACUCACGAAAUUGGACACACGAAUGUUGUGAAAGAGAAUAUUCUAGGGCGGCUGGAAAAUGUUGGAUGA